UAUUGGCUCUUUGGCGUUGCUUCAGCCCAUACCGGCCAAUGGGAGCUCUCCUUCCUUUCCUCCCUCCCUCGCGCGCACUUGGAAGCCACGCCCCUUCUCUUGCCUGCCUCGAUUAGCAGCAACGCGCGUCCUGCGAGGACAUCCUGCUAUAGCACAUUUUGAUCAGUUUUUCAUUUGAGUCUCAACCAAUUCAACAUAGUGGCCACAAAAACGAAGUUUCUGAAGGAUAACAACUACUUUCAAAGCACCGAAGGAUGGUCCUGAAAGGCAGCAGGGGCACCCGAGAAGGAGGCUUCUCCGGGCUCUGAGACUUAAGCUUGCUGAAAAGAAGCCCCCCACCCCACAUUCUUUGCCUCAGUUUCCCCAAUUGUGGUAGAAGCAGCAGUGGCAGCAGCAUGUACCGCAAGGAGAAAAGCAUUGCUCUGAAGGAGAGCAGCCUGGCCCUCUACAACAACCUGAGCGUGCUGCCGGUCCCAGGGAAGCAGGUCACCUACUUUGCCAGCGUCCAUGGCACCAGCGUCAGCAUGGCCAGUGCUUCAGACGAUGGCCUGACCAUCUCCCAUCGCCAGCUGAUGGCCAAGGAGGGUGGCCUGGGCCUGGGCGCCUCCCUCAUUACCCAGGCAAUGUGGUGCUCCCUCCCUUCUCGUGUCCUCCUGGUGCUGACCUCACGGAAAGGUAUCCAGAUGUACGAGUCAGAUGGAUCCGUCAUGGUGUACUGGCACGCUCUGGAGGGAAUGGAGUCAUCCUCACCAGGCAUGGCAGCAUUUGCGCGUGGGAUUGCGGCGACUGGGCAACACUUUAUCUGCAUAGGAACAUCCUCCGGGGCUGUCCUCGUCUUUGACGUUCCCUCCAAAGGCACCAACAUCACGCUGAGCGAAGUCCUGAAAAAGCACACCAGCGCCAUCACGGAUGUCGGAGCCGAACUCUGCCAGCAGCCAGAGGGAGCUGCUGACUUGGUAACAGCCGAUGACUCUGGUGCUUUGUGCGUUUGGUGCUCGGGAGAGAAGUUCAGGCUGGUCACCCAAAUCCCAGCUUCUGAGUACACCUGCUCGUCCGUGAAGCUGUGGAACGGGAUCAUCGCUGCUGGUUAUGGGAACGGGCAGAUCCGCAUUUACGAGGCAGCCAGCGGGACCCUGCAUGCUGAAGUCAGUGCUCAUGCGCGCUGGAUCUAUGCCCUGGACCUGGCACCGCUCUCAGGAAAGCUCCUGUCUGCUGCGGAGGACUCCUUUGUGCAGGUGUGGAGGCUGAGCCGCAAUCCAGACACAGAGGCCCUGGAGAUCGAGCAUUGCCACGGGGAGUGCGUGACCGACGGCCUACUCUGCGGGGCCCGCUUCUGCAACCCUGAAGGCAGUGCCUUUGCUGUCACGGGCUUCGAGCUCAGCGAGAUCAUCCGCUACGUCCAGGUGUAGCCCCCCAUUCAGAGCCACCUCAAAGGGAGGAUGGGGGCUCCCUUUGAAGCUUAGAGACCCUUAAUAGUGGAGACAGGGUGCUUGGGAUUAGAACCCAGGGCCAGCAGGCUUUCCUGCCCUCCCUCCCUCCUUCCUUCCUUUCCUUGGGCAGUGCCCAUGGACUCCCAGUAUGGCCCUUUGGCUCUACUUCCCUUGAAGGCAGGUCCCUAGCAAUCCAGCUGUAGACCCAGAGCAGCCUUGAGGGCUGUCCAGAGAGCACAAACGCCCCAGUCUUUCAGGUUUCCCCUUCCCACUAGAAGGAAUCUCACCAGGAUCCCACUCGUUCAGCUAUCAAACCUAAGCACUCGGAACCGGGCCAGGAUUCCACGGCCCUGCCCUUUACUGCCUCAACAGAUGGGUGGGGCAGGCUUUGUAUUUUUGCUAUUUAUUAAAAACAUAAACAUGUAUCUGCA